AUGCUAAGAGAUUUAAUUAAUAAUCACAAACCCUUAAAAAAUAAUUUUGAACGCUUAUCAACUCUCUUUCAAUGUGCUAUAAAUGCCUAUAAAUACCCUUUAAAUGGAAAUCAUCUCUCCUAAUUGGGAGAAUUAUCAGGGUAUUAUUGUGUAAAGGACAUCCACUAAAGAAUGCUUCAGCAUCCCGUUGGUUAGAGAAUAUUAAUUGAUAAACCCAGAGUUACACCUGAAACAUUCAAAGUAGAAGAGUUGUUAAAAUUGAAUCAAAAUACUUUUGGGUAGCAUUCAUCUUUAAUAUAAAGUUAUCAAUAUGGAAAAUUUAUGAGGGAUAGAGACUUCUCUAGCAGUGAAAGACCAAUAGUUAAAUAUAUUCCAGAUUUGGAAUUGGCAUAUGUCUAUCAAAGAUAUAAAGAAAUCCAUGAUUUUAUACAUGUGCUACUCAUGUAUGACGUAAGUGUCUAUGAUGAAAUUGUUGUGAAAUGGUAUGAAAUGGCUUAACUUGGAUUACCAUCAGCAACCUUAAGUGCAUUUGUUGGGUCAUUCAAAUUAAAUUGUUAGGAAAAACAAAAAUUAUUAGAAACUUUACCUGAAAUUUUGAAAAGGGCCAAUAGAAGUGAAUUUAUUAUGAAUGUUUAUUUUGAAGAACACAUAAACACAGAUCUUACACAGCUUAGAAAAUCCUUGAGAUUAUUAUGAUAAUAACUAAAAAAUUCCAAUUUUUAUUUAA